AUGGCCAACAACAACAACGUUGAUGACAAAGGUGACCCUGAUCUUGCCUUAUCUCUCUCCCUUCCAACUCCCCAUACCAAUGCCUCUUCCUCCACUACUCCUUCUCCUUCUCCUACUAUUACUACCGUUACUCCUCUCCAUCUCAAUCAAGAAACUCCCCGUUCUCAUUCUCGCCGUAACAACACUCCUUCAUCUCCACCAUCCACCAUUGAACCUCCCUAUCCAUGGUCCACCAAUCUCCGUGCCACCAUUCACCCUCUCUCCUUCCUCAUCUCCAACAACCGCACCACCAUCUCUGACACCAUGCAAUGCCGCCACUGCAACACUCACCACCCUAUCACCUACCAACUUCAACCCUGUUUCCAAGAACUCUCCACCUUCAUACGUGACAACAAACAUGCCAUGCAUGACCGUGCUCCCCAUGCAUGGUUAAACCCUCCUUACCUUACGUGCCCUUCUUGCUCUCAACCCAAGUCCCUUAAACCUUGUAUCAGCCCUAAGAAACGCAGCAUCAACUGGCUCUCCUUGCUUCUUGGUCAAAACCUUGGUUUUUGCACUUUGGAGCAACUCAAAUACUUCUGCAAGCACACCAGGAAUCACCGCACUGGCGCUAAGGACCGAGUCCUUUAUCUCACUUAUCUUGCUCUCUGCAAACAGUUGGAUCCUUCCGGCCCUUAUAAUGUGAAAUAUGGGAUUGAUAGAGUGUUGGAUACACUUCCUCGCAUGUAUCAACUUGCACAAGGUGGUACUGCUUUGUUGGGACCUGGAGUGAACACAAAGAAGGGGUUUGAUGUUAAAGUUCUUUGCUGCGAUGGUGAGGAGACCAAGCUGCCAUUUUGUUCUGCGAGAAAACAAAUUUGA